GUUGACACCUCCGAGCUGCGGUGGCUUCGGACUGAGCCCAGAGUCGCGCCGCCGGCGCCAUGGUAAAUCUGGGGCUUCUUUCUGAUACCUUGGUCUCCGGGCGCCCACCAAGGGGACCUUCGCUGCCGGUCCGACACCGACAAUUCCUGGGGUUUCUGGGGUCGCAGGGAGAAGAAAGGGUGUCUUGCAGGGGGUGCGGAGGGGUAGAAGACCGGAAAGGUAUCUAGGCAGAGGUGGAAGAAACCCUAAAGAGGAUCCAGAGCCAUAAAGGAGUUAUUGGAACAAUGGUUGUAAAUGCAGAAGGCAUUCCAAUCCGAACAACCUUGGACAACUCAACAACAGUUCAAUAUGCAGGUCUUCUUCACCAGCUGACAAUGAAAACCAAGAGCACAGUCCGUGAUAUCGACCCUCAGAACGACCUAACUUUUCUCAGGAUCAGAUCAAAGAAACAUGAAAUCAUGGUAGCACCAGAUAAGGAAUAUCUUCUGAUUGUCAUCCAGAAUCCAUGUGAAUAGACCCGCUGGAGCCAGCUGUGUCCUGUGAUGCUGGACUGAAAACACCCAAUACUUUAACAACUCCUAAGAUUAUAUUCCAAUCAACCUCAUCUUUUUUGGACAUUCUGUCACAUUUAAACUAUCCCAUAUGUCUUCAUUUUGUCCCUUUGAAUGUAUUAAAA